AUGGCUCUCUCAUCACCCCACAACAUCUUCUUCCGCCUCCCACCGGCGACCGCUGCUCUUCUCCUCAGUGCAGUAUUCGGGUUGUCGGAUGGCCAUGCGCUCCCGCGACAGACGAAAACGGUCGAGUUCCAUGAGCUGGACGUCGUACCCUUUCCACCACUGCCAACAGACGCCCCGCUUUCGCCUUUCGAGCUUCUGCGCCGACAGGAAAGCACAGUAUGUGGUUACAUAGGUGGCAAUUCAGAUCUGCCAGCGACGUGCUCAGCUGGAUCGCAUUGCGUGUUAGAUAACCUCAAUGGGGUGGUUGGCUGCUGUCCCAAUGGCGGCACGUGUACGGCCGGUGUGUUCACAGGCUGCGUCGACGGGAACAGUGCACCGCAGACCGAGAUCAACCCGUACGUCUAUACGUGUCAGGGCGCCAAUGUGUGCUACCAAAACCAGUUCGCUGGCGGCUAUUCCCAGUACGGGUGUGGAACUGCGUCGGACCUGGGAACCACCGUCCAGACAUCGGCCGACGGCGCGUCAACCGCGUUGGCUCUCGAUCAUACAACAGUAUCCCAAACGGCGACACCGAUUUCGCUGUCCGAGCCAACGACGAUAGGCUCUCACUCUCCAACCUCGACAGAUAGCUCAAGCACCACUGGCGCUACAUCAUCAGGAGCAUCUUCUACAUCAUCUUCUCCCUCUACCUCUUCUACCUCCUCCACCUCCACUUCAACAACGUCCUCUCCGACCCCAUCUUCAACCGAAUCAACGAGCUCGACAUCGUCUGAUCCAGCAAAUUUGGAAUCAUCGACGACCUCGCCUUCAGCGACAGCAGCCCCAGCUGGCGACACAGCAGCGUCGAGUUCGAACCACACUGGGGCUAUCGUUGGAGGCACGGUCGGUGGCGCAGCAGCUUUGGUGCUCUUGAUCGCUCUAGCGGUCUUAUGCUUGCGCAAGCGGCGGAAGGACAACCGUCAGGGUCCCAGGCCUACCCCAGGCGCCGCCCCGGACACCGGAUAUAUGAGUCCCAUGCAAUCCCGCGGCGCGGCCUUUGCGCCUCUACCCUCGGACGAUCAACGCAGCCCGCCCAUGGCUUACAACCAAUACUCGCAGAUCCCGUACAACGACCAGUGGGCGACGGGCACGACGACCAACAUCAGCUCAGGCUACACCAUGCCCUCGCAAUCGGCGUCGUUGAGAUAUAACCCAGCACACGUCGCCGGCAUGGGAACAGGGCUCGCGCCCGUGGCCGAGGAGCACACGGACGACGAGCCCGACGCGCGCGAGAUUGACGAGUUCUCCCGGGCGUACUCGAGUGCGGGGAUUGGGCGCCAGUCGAUGGACCACCGCUAUGACUUUAACGACGACGACGACGACGGCGUCGACGAUGACGACGUGCCGGAGGAUCGGCGGCCACUGAGGGAUAGCGGGGGCGAGAUCGCAGGAGGUCCGGGCAGUGGUGGUGCUGGGAACAGGGACAGCGAUAUGGAAGCGGGAACCAGCGUCAUGAGUUCACCGCCGCAGAGUCAGAGUUCGCGCGGCGGGGGACACCGGCCGCUGUGGCAGCAGAAUCGGCAGCAGAGCCGCAAUCUGAUGUGGUUGUAA